AAAAACCUGUGGAAAAAAGUAGGGAAAUGAGACUAGAGAUGGAGACAGCCAGAGUGACAGAGAGACAAAUCUCUGAGGCAAGAGAGAAGGCAAAGAGAGAGACUGAAAUCCAGACAGAGAAACAAACAGAGAUUAAGACUCAACAGGAGAAAAGACAGAGGAAGCAGGAAAUGGAGAAGCAGAGAGAGGAGGAGGAAUUAAAACGAAACCUUGAAAUGCUAAAGACCAGAAUGAAGAAUGAAGAACAAGAAUACAAUGAAAUGCACCGAGUAAUACAAAAAGAAUUAGAAAAAGACAACCUUAAGAAGGAACCAAAGGAAAGUGAGAGAGAGGAGGAAAUGGAGAAUGAAAAUGAAAAGAUGGCAGAGAAUAUGGCAGUAAAGGAGAAAUGCAAGUGGAUAGAGAUGCAGUUUGAUAAGGAGAGAAAAGUGGUGGAAGAGAGAGCAAUGGCCCUGCUAGAGAAAAGUGAGAGAACAGGAGAGAGCAAUAGACAGGACAUGGACAGACAGAAAAUGGAAAAAGAGAGACAAAUAGGAGGGGAGUUGCAAAUUAACAACACUAAGAUAGAGAGAGAGAAACAGAAAGUGACAGAACAAAAGGAAAAACAGAGGAAAGUGGAAGAACACUUCUGGGAUACUGCAAAUCUGGCAAAGUCAGAGGAGAUUAAGAAACUUUCACCCAAAAAUGAAGAAAGCUUUGAAAUAGAUUUAGAACUGCAGAGCCAGAUGGGUGAAAGGAACCAGAGAAAGGAAGCGAUGCUCAUGGAAACUGAGAAGCAAAGAGAUGAGGAACCAAUGAAAGAAAGACAAGAGAGACAGUUGAAGAUUCAGCAAAUGCAGGAGGCAAGACAGAAACAUGCAGAAAGACAAACAAAACGCAAGAGAGAGCUGAUGCAGAAGCUGUUCCCUCAGAUAGUGAGCCCAUCAUUGCAGAAAGAGGGAGAUGGGGGCAAGAAGACUGAGCGCAGACGCCACAGAAUUCCUUUAAAUAAGGAACAACAACAGGAAAGCUCUGAGCAGGGGAAAGAACAUCAGGAGCAAGUGGAACUUCAGAGUGACAGAAGAAACAGACAAUUGGACAAAAUGAAGAAGGGAAUACAGACUGUGCUGCAGGAGAUGAACAGACAGAAAGCAAUGGAAAGGCUACAAAUAAAAGAAAGACAAGAGGAAAUAAAAGGACAGCUUAAAGUAAAGACCAGUGAGAGACAGGACAUGAAGAGACAGCUGAUGGAAAAAGAAAGACAAGUAAGAAAGGAGUCACAAAUUAACAAGACUGAGAUAGAGAGAGAGAAACAGAAAGUGCUAGUGACAGAACAAGAGGAAAAACAGAGGACAAUGGAAGAGCACCUCUGGGAUACUGAAAGCCUGCCAAAGUUCGAUGAGAUUCAGAAAUGCUCAUCCAAAUAUGAAGAAAAGCUGAAUGAAAGGAACCAGAGAAAGAAAGAGAUGCUUCUGGAAACUGAGAAGCAAAGAGAUGAGGAACCAAUGAAAGACAGACAAGCGAGACUGUUGAAAAUACAGCAAAUGCAGGAGGCAAGACAGAAACAUGCAGAAAAACAAACAAAACGCAAGAGAGAGCUGAUGCUGAAGAUAUUCUCUCAGAGAAUGAGCCCUGUAUAUAAGGAACACCAGCACAAACACCAGCAGGAACACCAGCUGGAACACCAGCAGGAAAGCUCUGAGCCAGAGCAAAAAAAUCAGGAGCAAGUGAGAUUUCAGAGACCUGUUUCCUCAUCAGGUGUCUGGCUCAUAAAUAUUAAACCCCUUGAGUCGAGCAAAGGCCCUGCAGAACAGCAGAUGAAAUUAGACCAACUGUCAACAUCUGCCCCUGAGACACAGCCAGAGGAGAGUGUGAGGGACAAGAGCAGCUAUGAUCCUGAGGAUCCUGAACCUCAGGCUUUGACUCAGCCGAAAACAGUGGAGGAACAAUCUUUGGAGACCUCUGUCCCCCCUGAUGGCUCAGAGGAUAGUGGGGAAAUGGCAGUUGAGAUGAAGGAUGUAACCAGCCAAGACACAGAGUCUGAAAAAAGAGAUGGACCAAAGCACAAGAGCAUUAGGAGGAGAAUAUUUGGCUGGAUCAAUAAAAAACUAAAGGAGAGUCAUAAAAAUGCAAUAGCCAAGAGCUUUGAGACAGAGAAGAAACAUGGAGAUAGACGUUACCUUAUGAGAAAUACUCGUCAGUGGACAACAGAGGCAGCAAUUCAGCAGCAGAAAAGAGAGGGACUGCAAAAGAAGGAGAAAAAAAGGGAGGAGCUUGAGGCCCGCUGGAGAGCAUGGGAGGAAAAACGGGCCAAGAAAAAAGAAGAAAAGAAAGAGGAGGAAAAGAGGAAGGCUGAAGAAGAACAUGAAAUACCCCACCUGAAAACAUAUGCAUAUUGUUACAUUCGCUAAAACAACAGACUCUUCAUUGAGAAG